AUUCUCUGUGGGCGCUGAUGCAGGCUAAAAAAUGAAAAAGGAAUCGGGGAAAUAUUUCAGCUUUUUGGUAACAUUUUAAGGGGUAAACUUUUCGCAGUUGGGUUUUUGUGGUCGAUUAGGUCUGUUCAGCUCCAAAGUUGACAUGGUGGGGAAGGCCUAAAAGUCUGGCAAACUUCAGUUAAAUAAAUCCAGGUAUACUGCUUGUGAUCUGGGUUGACAUGUUGCUAUUUCUGCUGAUUGCCGGCUUUGCCUCGGCUAUACAAUCGGUGUCAGGUAUUGAGUGCUAUAUGUGUCAUGGCAUCAUCGCUAGGGCUCCGAUCUGUGGUACGUAUUGCGAUGACGUAGUGGACGUCAACAAAUGUGGCGAGGCUCUUGAUCUGACACAACCACAGAACACGACAACGUGUGACGGCGUGUGCCAGACUAAAUCGACGUAUCACAUGGACGAGAAAAUUUAUGUGGACCGGUCGUGCGUCCCGAAGUGCGAAGAGGACUGCUUCCUGACCUUCGGCACCGGCGCCUGCUUCUCCUGCUGUGAUUCUAACCACUGCAAUGCAGCCAAUGGGAAGGCUGCGUCUGUGUGGUUGCUAGGCAUGGCUGCCAUAGCAACGACUGCCGCACUAAAAUGGCUGCUCUAGUUUCAUUAACUCGUAAACAUUCAAAAUGAAUACACCUCUUAUCACUGGAAAA